CAAUACUCAUCCUUCAGGUAAUAAGAUGGGACCAGCUGAUAACGAAGGAUUUGAAGAUGACCCAAAACCCUGGAAUGAUUGUGAGAGCUAUGUUUAUGAUCAAGAGAAAACACUGGACCUUCUUACUAUUGAUGCUCGGCCAAGUGAGAAAAGUUAUGAAAGGCUAGAGAAACAUUCAUCAGAUCACAGACCCACCAUUGAGGAAUUGAUGACUGGAGAAAGAAUAAAGAGAGAGGAGGAAGAAGUUGAAAAAACCAUUCUUUCUGGAAAAGUUGUAAAGUUUGGAUGGAUAGAAGGAGUGUUUAUGAGGUGCUUACUGAACAUCUGGGGGGUUAUGUUGUUCUUGCGACUCUCCUGGGUUAUUGGUCAAGCCGGGUAUGUUCAAGGCCUUAUAAUCAUAACACUUUGUAAUGCCAUAACACUGAUAACAGCAAUAUCUAUGUCUGCAGUAGCUACCAAUGGAAGAAUAGCCAGUGGAGGAGUUUAUUACAUGAUAUCAAGAGCUCUGGGACCUGAAUUUGGAGGUGCCAUUGGACUGAUGUUCACAUUGGCAAAUUCUAUUUCUGUGGCAACUUACACCCUAGGAUUUGUAGAUAACCUUCUGGAUUUGGUUUAUGAUGUUACAGACUUUCAGGGAAUCGUAGCUGAUAGAUAUGAUCGCCUUAAUGAUCUGAGAUUAAUAGGAGCCCCAGUUAUUGUGUUGAUUCUACUCUUGGCUAUUAUUGGAAUGGACUGGGUUACAAGAGUUCAGAAACUUCUGCUUUUAAUGUUAAUAGUGGCACAAAUAGAUAUGGUUGUUGGCACCUUUCUGACAGGAGGAAAUGCAUAUGUUUCAGAAGCUGAAAGAGCUGCUAAAGGUUUUACAAGCUGGAGUCUUGACACAAUGCAGAAAAACUAUGAAGCAAAAUAUUAUCCAGAUGAAGAUGGAAAAAGGGAUUCUUUCAUGUCUGUCUUUGGUGUAUUCUUCACAGCAGUAACAGGAAUAGUAGCUGGCGCCAACCUUUCUGGAGAUUUGAAGGAUCCUUCAUCUGCAAUUCCAAAAGGAACUCUCCUUGCUAUUGGGUUUACAUAUAUUUCUUACCUAGGAUUCGGAGUUUUAGUGGCUUUUAACUUCCUUCCAAGAACAAGUGGAAAUGCAAUUGAAUACGCGAAUAAUACAGGAAUAUAUCCAGAGAUCACAAACUGCACAGAGGAGGCAAAUGCAGUUAGAAUUGAAUAUAAUUUGACUGAAACAUCUUGUAUUUUUGGAUCAGCAUAUGACCAGAAAGUAAUGACACUAAUGUCAGGUACAGGUUAUCUUGUAUAUCUUGGAUGUUAUGGAGCAACUCUUUCCUCAGCUAUUGCAAGUUUAGUUGGAGCACCAAGAGUUCUUCAAGCUGUGGGAAGGGAUAAGAUAUAUCCAAAACUUGAGUUUUUUGCUGUUGGCCAAGGUGCUAACAAUGAUCCAUUUAGAGGGUACAUUUUAGUAUUCCUGAUUGCAUUUGGAUGUUUGAUGAUUGGAGAAUUAAACACUAUUGGAAGCCUUGCAUCUAACUUCUUCUUGGCUGCCUAUGCUCUAAUGAACCUCUCAGUUUUCCAUUCCAGCAUGACCAAAUCACCUGGAUGGAGACCAACCUUCAAGUUCUACAACAAGUGGAUAUCUCUAAUUGGUGCAGCAGCUUGUAUUGUUUUAAUGUUCCUAAUGGACUGGAGACUUGCCUGUGCUACAAUUAUUUUAAUUUCAAUUCUCUACAGCUUGAUGCUUUAUUUAAAGCCAGAUGCCAAUUGGGGAAGCUCUGCAGAAGCUCUCAAGUUUUCUAAUGCAUUAAACAAUGCAAUUGCUCUAAAUGAUCAAGAUGAUCAUAUAAAGACAUUCAGACCACAGAUACUUCUACUAUGUGGAGAUCCUGCUCAUCGACAUGCAGAGUACAUCAACCAGUUACAGAAAUGCCAGUUUAUGUAUAUUAAUCAAUACUAGUCCCAGGAAUAAAAUCAAUACGCUCAACUCUCCAAAGGAAGCCUCAAAAUAAUGUAGUUUCGUGUUCUGUAUUGCAUUUUCAUAUCAACCAAUCAAUAAUUUGAUAAAUCCAUAUCCAUUUGAAAUUUUCCCAAUGGAUCUGCUAAUUGUUUUUCUUAAAUGUGUGCGCAUGAGCUUAUUUUCCCCCAUCUGUUGGACGUUCCAUGUCUCACUACUGUUAUUUCUUUUAUCUGCUUUUAACAUAUGUUUUUUAAGUACACUUUGAUUGUAGUUUUAUAUUCCUUUACAUGUUAGUUCUAGUUUAUAAUAUGAAAUAAAAGGUUUGAUUUGAUGA